CGGCUUCGCCAGUUCGCCUCCCUCGCCGUCGCCAUGGCCGACACCAAGGCCCAACGCCGAGCACGGACUCCCCCUACCAGUCCCACUCCCACAUGGGCGCGACGGAGCGAAGCCCUAACCCACAUCCUGACCCACCCCUCCCACUCGCCGUCGCUCCACUCGCAGCUCUUCCUGGCGUCCCGCGUGCCGUGCCCGCCCGGGGGCUCCUCGUACCCGCCCUUCCUCUGCCCCGGCGCGUCGCUCCUCCGGUGGGCCCUCGCCUCCGUCUUCCUCCCGCGCGCCGCGCGCCUCGGCCUCCCGCCCUCGUCCUGGCGCUCCCGGUGCCCCUUCCAGCUCCCGCCGCCGCUCGUGCCCUCUACCGCCAUCGAACCGGCGCCGGAGCGGUGGGGAGAGGCCGAGCUCCGGGGAUACGCGCAGCGGAGGCGGGCUCGGAGGGGGCCCAUGAGAGUUCGGCCGCCGGUGUCCGUGGCGGGUAUCGUGCUGACGACCGUGCCCAACUUCGUGAUCAUCGCGGUGAUCAUGCGCGAGCUAUUCUGGGUACGGCCCGGCCGCCUCUGAGCUACCGAUCGAGGAUCAGGAGGCACAAGGAUCUCAACAACUGCAUCUGGGUCACCUUGUGCUUGUCUGGGAGCAUCUCUGGCAACUCUCGGAUGCACCACAGUUACCACUAACAAUAAACCACUGGACCCUCCUCAUGAGUGAUACAGUACACCCAGAGCAGUGAAGUCGUUGGGCCAGUCAGUCAGUAUUGCUCUGUCCUCACCAGGUCCUUCUUGUUGAACAUUCUGACUGCCAGAUGUGCGCUCCGGUAGGAUCAACCAAAAGCUGCAAAGCAUCCAUUUUGGCAGUGAUGCCAAUGUUUCUGAACCACUCAGGUUCAAGAUAUUUGAUAUCAUCCUGGAUUCUGAUUGUUGUUCGUGUUUGGGUACAUCGGCAUCGAUUUUGCCAGGUCAGAAGCUGGAUUUUUGGGUAGGAAAUCGAAGACGUGAAGAAGACUGGCUUUAUAUUA